AUGUUCAAUGUCCUUCUUGCGAUCCUGCUUGUUCAAGCUGCGGCGAAUGGACAGCACUGCGGAACAGAAGGUUGUGCUGCCAAAGACCACACGCUGCUCUCAGUGCGUACAUCACUCCAUCGUUCUAGCGUGCCCAAGUCGCCACAGGUGAAGGGAGCUGGAGAGACGUUAGAACAUGCGUGGCCGGAGGUUGAAGAGGUGUGCGGCAAUCCUGAUGGUCAAGCGCCAGACCAGGACGCCGAAGAGCUCCUGCAAACAGAGUUGUCAGAGGCAGACCAAGGUCCUUACACCCAAUUCCAGAUGCAGGUGUCCAUAGAAUGGUGCACGAACGGCUGUCAUCAAAGUCACGACCCGCCACAUUGCGUGACCAACUACUCUGCAAUCAAGGCGCGGGCGGUGAGCUCCACGCAAAGUCGAUUUUCACCUUGGUUUCGUGAGUAUGGACCGCAGUCAGGUGAUUGCCGUCAUUGGGAUGGUUCCGGUGGCUGGUUUGCUUCUCAGCAUACAUCCACCUUUGUCGAGGUUAUUGCCUCUCCACAGGGAAUAACUUGGGACAACUUUGAUGCCAUUGAGCUGGAGACCGAGACGGAUGACGCUGGUGCUCUCGACUUUGUCAAGCUUCGAGCGCACGCGACCUGCGUCGCCGGCGUGUGCGACCCCAAGCCCAACUGGCAAGGGGAUUGGGGUGUCCCAAAUGGCGGGUGGUACUGCUUGUCCACAGAUCCGAAUGACAAGCUCGGAUACAAAGCUUGCAGGCGCAGACUUCGAUUCUACAAAGAUGGCAGGGUUGUAUACUGGAAUUGGUGA